CUGCCAGCCUCCUGUCUCUGGUUUGUCUUCUUGGAGUUUCUAGUUGGUCCGAGGGGGCACUCUGGGGUCAGACUCAGCAUACCUCAGCUAUCUAAUGCAUUUGGGUGUAUCCUCUUCUGUAUUCGGGCAGCUCGUGGACGCUCGUUCCAACGUAUCAGCCUCAGAGAAAAACGAGUCACGUCAUGUAGUUUGCCAACUAUGUAUGAAGUGGCUCUGUGUCUCAGGCCUGUCAUACAUAAUUCAUAGGAGAUAACAAACCAGCAACGCGCUAUCAUGUCGGCGGACGCUGACCCUCCACAGCUUGUGAACCCUCCUCCUCCCGAAGUGACUAAUCCCGACCACCCGGGCCGGAGGACCAACCAGCUGCAGUACAUGCAGAACGUGGUGGUCAAAUCCCUGUGGCGGCACCAGUUCGCCUGGCCUUUUUACCAGCCCGUUGAUGCAGUCUCUCUCGGACUACCAGAUUAUCAUGAAGUCAUCACAUCUCCUAUGGAUUUGGGAACCAUCAAGAAGCGACUCGAGAACAACUACUACUGGAGUGCAAGUGAAUGUUUGCAAGACUUCAACACCAUGUUCACCAACUGCUACAUAUAUAACAAGCCCACUGAUGAUAUAGUGCUGAUGGCCCUUGCCUUGGAAAAGAUUUUCUUGCAAAAGGUUUCUCAGAUGCCUCAAGGGGAAGUGGAGGUCUUUCCUAAUGCGGCCAAAGGGAAGGGCAAGAAGAGCAGCGCUCAAGCAGUCACAACCCCUUUGAAUGUUUUAUCAGAAAGCAGGAAGAAGCAUGAAAGUGCAGGCUCAGCUUUCACUCCCUCUAAGAGCGACUUUGAAGAGAAGGAGUCACCGCAACAAGAAAUCAAACAGUGCAGCCUGAGCGAACAGCUUAAGCACUGCAGUGAUAUCCUGAAGGAAAUGCUGUCCAAGAAACAUUACGGCUACGCCUGGCCUUUCUACAAGCCUGUAGACGCUGAGGCCCUGCAGCUACAUGAUUACCAUGACAUCAUCAAAUACCCCAUGGAUCUCAGCACCGUUAAAAAGAAGAUGGCUGCAGGAGAAUAUCAGGACGCUCAAGGAUUUGCUGCAGAUGUUCGGUUAAUUUUUUCUAAUUGCUACAAAUACAAUCCUUCCCAUCACAAAGUAGUCGAAAAGGCCAGAAAACUUCAGGGAGUGUUCGAGAAAAUGUUUGCCAAGAUGCCAGACGAGCGCGUGGGUUUGAUUUCACCGGAGGGUUGCAUGUCUGCUAAGAGCGCAGCCGUGAGCGGGACGGCAGACGACGUCCCCAGUUUGAACAAAUCGGAGACGACAGAGGGGCGCUCCGCCCGGCUGGAAGAACUGCAAGAACAGCUUAACUCUGUUCAUGAACAUCUGGCUGAAGCACCUGAGAGUAAACCUAAGAGAGAACAAGAAAAGGACAAGAAAGAGAACAUCGGACAAAGCAAAGGAAGCGUUAAUUCCACGCGCACUCCAAACUCCACCGCCAGGCAGUCGUGGAAGCACAGCAGCGUCAGGGAAUCGGAGGACGAGCCUUUACCGAUGACGUACGACGAGAAGCAGCAGCUGAGCCUCGACAUCAACCGCCUACCUGGCGUGAAGCUGGGCCACGUGGUGCACAUCAUUCAGACACGAGAGCCCUCCAUGUCCAGCACCAAUUCAGAUGAGAUCGAGAUCGACUUCGAGAGGCUGAAGCCGUCCACCCUGCGUGAGCUGGAGCAGUACGUCAGGUCGUGUCUGUACAAGAGGUUUAAGAAAUUUCAGAAGAAAAGCAGCUAGACUGCAUCCCAUCAUGUCAGCAGCAACAGCAGCAGCUCAUCAGUCUCUGACACCAGCGGCUCUGUUGAUCCCAGUACAGAAGACCAUGACUCACGAUGACUGCGUCGCUGUUAUUUAUUUAUUAUUUCGUGACCAAAGACGUUAUUUUUUUAUUUGUUAUUGUUAUUAUCCUGUUCGAGAAGUUGGAACCUGCCCCGUAUUUGUUUUGUAUUCUCUGUCGCUCUCCUCUGCUUCUCUCUGUGUAAAUCACAAUAUCCGUCUGCGGUGUUUCUUAUCAGACGAUAUAAAUCUGCUGCAGAGCUGGAUGGCGUUCUGCCGAGGCCAGAGCAUGUUUCGCAACAGCUGGGUUUAAGCCAAUAUCCAGGUAUUGUCGGUCCUUCUUCCAUUCUUUUUAAUCACAGCCACAGAAUUGUGGCGAUGCACUUGUGUUCUUUUUAAGAUGCUGUCGUUUCACUCGGCAGCUCUCGCUGUCAGUUAUUCAUCCUGUCAGCUGGUUUCAAUCUCCACUCGUUCAGCUUUUAUAACUAUCACCACGUUACAGUAAUCCACAGUCUUACUCAUUUUUCAAGUGUCGACGCUUCAGUUUAAUUUCAUGUUUAAAUAUAAUUAAACAUGAAAGCAGGGAGGCGGGACAAUCUCUUCAGAAAACAGGAGUUUAUAAUGCCUGCAAAACGGUGGAACUUAUCAAUGGUUUGGUCUUUGAUAACCACAGACAUUUUUGUUAUUUGUAAUUUAGAGUUUAAGUUUAAGAGGCAUAAUCGAAAGUGUUCCGUUUCUCUUCAAGUGCCUUGUGGAUUUUUCUAAUCAUUUUCUAAUAGUUACUUGAAAGCAUGUGUACUGUACAUGAAAAAUCAUUAUUCAUCUUGCGAAGAAGGUUUUUUACUUUCAUCCAAAGAAAAGUCGGUUCGUCUUUGCUGUACAUAUGUCUCGCAACCUGGACUGAGGCGGUUUAUUUUCUUUUCUCUCUUUUUUUUUUUUUUUUUU